GUGGGAGACCUGCAACGCUGGGAGCGUGGCCAGCACCGCUGGGCAAGGGGGGAGGUAUCGCGAGCCCCGUCCCCGCAGCCGUUGCGGCUGGAUGGGCUCCAGGGGAGCGAAGGCAGCUGGACUUUGCUCAUCCUGCGCAUGAAUCUGUUCCCGGAGGAUUGAGCACGAGGAACCAGACGGGCGGCCCAGGCUGUGAGUCUCCCCUGCUUCCCAUCGGUGUAAACCAGGACCGUGGUCGACGGGUGGCCACAGGGUGCGGACCGGCAGAGCUGAUUGUGCGCUCCCAACUUCCUCUCUGCCGUGAGCUUUCCGUCUGUGGGUUGUGUUUGUCCACUGAGCUUUGGGAGGGAGCUGGCUAGUGCCAGCAAGCCUCAGUUUACUCCAGCUCUGCCCCUAACCCCGCACGGCCCCCUCCCUCCCGCUCUGGUCCCGGCUACACAGCCCCUUGCUCAGAGGUGGGCGGAGGUCUCAUCUGUGCCCUGCAAGCAGCGCCAGCGGAUGCCCCUUACUGCCACUGCCCAUAGCCGUGUGAAGCAACUCUCCCGCUUGCUUCGUGAGCUGGACACAGGGCCGGGCUCAUGCAGCUUGCUGCAUCGCAGGUGGAGAAAGCAUGAGGCGAUCUGGAUUCGAUCCCUGACUCCUGGUGUGGGACCCUUUGGGUCUACCCUGGCGUGCCUCCAUUUGGGGGGCAUCUUACACCGGGCAUCCCAAAAUGAAGGGGCCCACGUAUUCCUCUGCGUGCACGGCAGGAAGAGCAGGAUUCCUCCGGCAGUGAGUGCUAGGCUGCAGUUCAAAUCCCCAUUCACUCCCAGUGCUAGGGUUGUGGUGGGGCUGACUUGUGCAUCAAUAUGCAGGGGGGAGACUCUCCCCCUGCCUGGUGGCCCUCUCGGCUUCCCGCCAGGCCCAGCCACCGACAGAGAAGGCAUGGGCAGAGGAAUGAAAAUGCCAGUGCCAGGAGCAAAGGAAGCAGAGGCUGAGCCAUGGAGAUGGGCCAGGCACCUCCACCAGUGCUACCCCCCAGGCAGGGCUGAAGCCCGCGAUCCUUUUGCAGGGGCUUUGCCCUCUAGCGCGCGCCGUUCCAAAUGGCAGGUUUCCCCCUUGGCGAAGUUCACCACAGCCGCGCGGCUCCUGCCAGCUGUCAGGAAACGUGGCCUGACAUUCAGCUUUGGCUUGGAGACCUGCAAGCGGGAAACCUCUUGGAAACGGCGGCUUCCGUCUUUCUGCAGCAGCUCAGGUCCUCGCAGGCACGUUUCCAGCCCUGGCACAGGAUGCUCCAGAGCCUGGUGCCCCAGAUCUCAGUGCCCCACGCGCAGGGGGGGACAAAAGACCUUCCUGGCAGGGCAGGUAUCCACGCAGCAGCUCUGUAAGCAACAGGCUGGGCCUCUAGGUAAGGAUCAAAAGCCUUGUGGGAAGAAAAUCAGCAUCAAAGAUGAGCUUGGAGUUAACUCCUCUGGAUCCAGCCUCCCAGGGGAGGUGAGAAGCUGGCGACAAGCAAGGCUGGGCAGGCGAAUGGAUGCCAAUAUCAUCUGACCGAAACUGCCACGCGGUUUCCCCUGCAGACAGGGACCCUGCGGACAGCGGGAGGGGGCAGGGACGUGCGUGCUGGCCAAGUGAAGCCUUUUAAAGGAAGCUGCACACAAUUCCCAGCGAGGGAGAAAUGUGAUCAGCAGCAGAAGCCCAGCGCCUGUGCGAACGGCGCUGUCUUUCUGAGCCUCCCAGCAGCCUCGUCACCACCGAGGGACCCCACGGGGAUAAGCAUGAGCUUCCUCCACCCGGUUCUGGCUUCGCUGCGACCCCAGGGAUUUUGCUGCACAUACAGAGACGUGCAGGGGAGCAGACGCAGGCAGAGGGGUGCUGCGUCGGGAGCUGCACAGAGCCAAGAACCACCGUGCAUAAAGGCCCAGCGUAGGCUGCAGGCUGAACUUGGGCAGCUCUGGGCUCCUGCACAGUUGUCAGUAAUGCCCUCCCUCGCCCGCCGCACGAUCAGGUAUGAGCCAGGGGGAUGCAAACUGCCGCUCCCACUCUUGGAAAUGCAGCCAGCUCUGGGGAGGGAGGCUGCAGCUGUAGGACAGCGCCCAGCUAUGGUGUGGGAUGGGGAGUGAAGAAGAUCGCAGCACGAAGAUGACAGCAGAGCAGCUCAGUUUGGCUGGGAGGGGACUGGAAAACAACACCCCAGCGUCGGCGCAUGGGAACCGCAGCUGUUCGGCUCCCUGCUCACCGCGGCAGACAGGGCAGCAGGCGCUCCUGUCCCAGAGAUUAACCGGGGACCCAUCCAGUGAGGCUCUUCUUCUCCUGCUGACAAGUGCAAGCACAUUUCUAUUGAUAGUGUUAUGGGGGUAGGAAGAACACCCCGCCCUGCCGCCCCCCAUGCCUCUCGUGCAAUCCAGCGUUUGGGCGUUUUCAGCGAAAGCGAGGGGCAAAAAAUCCCAGUGAGGAGUGUUUUUUCCUCUCAGUGACUUCCUUUACUUGUUUGCAUGGGAAACAAAUGCCCCCUCCCCAUCCCAGCUGUAGGAUCCACUCGGAGACCCUCAGGGAACAGGUCUUCAGAAGAUCUUCAGCUCUGGGUACCUGUACCCCUCACCCUCCAGGAAGGGAUGCCGCUGCUCGCUCCCAUACGGGAGAUCUGGGAUCCCAGUGCCAGCAUCUCGUGGGUGUAAUCACAGCCUGCCCAGGUCCCCGAGCAGCAGCAGAGAGGACACGUGGGCACCCUCUGUCCCUGACCCCCUCCAUCUCGACUGUGCUGGCGCUCGGACGUCCCCCCGAGACGCCUCCCUGCCACACUGGAAUAAAUCUGUA